CCCCCGGCCCGCUAGCUGGCUGGAGCCCGGGUCAGCUUGGCAUCUUCCUCCAGUAAGUGACCAACUCCUGCUUUAGCGAGGAUUUUGCUCGCCCCUCGGUUUCCUUCCAGCUUUCCUACCGCCACCAGAGCUAGUCCCGCGGUGGCAGGCUGAGGAGGAGCAAAGAAAGGAAGGUUAAAGAGAAGAAAGACCUGGCUGGGUCUGGGUGGUGUCUGCAGUGCCAGAAAGGGAGGUGGCGGCGGCGGCGGCGGCGGCGGCUGCGACCACGGCCGCGCGGGACGUGAGGCCCGAGAGCAGCCGACGGCGGCGGCCGCUCCAGAGCCUCGCGCCGGGGCCGUUAGUCAGCAGAACGCGAGCCCGUGUGGAGGAGCAGGACCGGAGCGAAGCGAGACUCGAGAGCGCGAGCCGGCCCCCCCGGGCGCCGCCGUCCUUCCUCGUCCCGGCGCCGGGGGCUGCAGCCCUCGUCCCCCCUUCUUGGCCGCGCCCGCCCGCAGGCCGGCAGAGUCCGGCGGCGGCAGCAGCAGCAACGUGGGUCGCACCUUGUGGAGGACAGCGCGUCGGCAGAGGCUCUCUCCCGGCCCUUUCUUCCCGACACCUUGGCCGCGGCCCGUGAGGUGCAGAAGAUGAAUAAUCUUUCAUUUAGUGAGCUAUGUUGCCUCUUCUGCUGUCCACCUUGCCCUGGGAAAAUUGCUUCAAAAUUAGCAUUUUUGCCACCUGAUCCUACUUACACAUUGAUGUGUGAUGAAAGUGGAAGCCGCUGGACUUUACAUCUGUCAGAACGAGCAGACUGGCAAUAUUCUUCUAGAGAAAAAGAUGCUAUUGAGUGUUUCAUGACUAGAACCAGUAAAGGCAACAGAAUUGCCUGCAUGUUUGUGCGUUGUUCACCCAAUGCCAAAUAUACUUUACUGUUCUCACAUGGAAAUGCUGUUGAUCUUGGUCAGAUGAGCAGCUUUUACAUAGGACUGGGAUCACGGAUUAAUUGUAAUAUAUUCUCAUAUGAUUAUUCUGGAUAUGGCGCAAGUUCCGGGAAACCAACAGAGAAGAACCUCUAUGCAGAUAUCGAAGCUGCUUGGCUUGCUCUUAGGACAAGAUAUGGCAUUCGCCCUGAAAAUGUGAUUAUAUAUGGCCAAAGUAUAGGGACAGUACCAUCUGUGGAUCUUGCUGCUCGGUAUGAGAGUGCUGCUGUUAUUCUUCAUUCUCCUUUGACUUCGGGAAUGCGUGUUGCUUUUCCUGAUACCAAGAAGACCUACUGUUUUGAUGCAUUCCCAAACAUUGACAAAAUCUCUAAGAUAACCUCCCCAGUAUUAAUAAUUCAUGGGACUGAAGAUGAAGUCAUUGACUUUUCACAUGGCCUCGCACUGUUUGAGCGUUGCCAAAGACCUGUGGAGCCUCUGUGGGUUGAAGGGGCAGGUCACAAUGAUGUGGAACUUUAUGGACAGUACCUUGAAAGGUUGAAACAGUUUGUGUCACAGGAACUGGUAAAUUUGUAAAAUAUUCUGUAAAUUUGCACACUGGGUUUUCUUUUCUUGCUGAACUGCACUCUUUGGUAAAUAACAUAAAACCUGAAGGUUUUGUUUGCAAAUCAUGUCAGUUGCCUUCAUAAAUGUACAGGUAAUGAUUUGUUAACAGACUUAAUGAAGGUUUUUAUUACCAGAACUAGAAACUGGAAAUAACAGUAUCAUGCAGUCAGGCUGUGUAAUUUAUAUUUUUUCUGUGAAUUUUUUUUUAAACAUCAAAAUGAGUACUGUAUGAAAUUUUAAUUCUAUAAAAUCAAGUGCUGUAAAAGUAUUGCCAAAUACUUUUGCAUAUCAAACAAAUUUAUAGAUAUUUUUAAAACAUCUCAAUGUACUAAAUCUUAUCCAGGUAUACAAAUGUAAUAUUCUUUCAAUAAAAAGCUGUAUAUCUAAAACAAUUCAAGUACUCAUAAUAGAAUAAACUGUAUGAAAACAUGCAAGUUCACUAGAGAUGACCUAAACCCUGUUGUACAGGGAUUGAGGUUUAAACAGUUAUUUUAUUGUAAAAUACAUUGAAUUUUCUGUAUUCCCUGGUUAUCAUACAUUUUCUCCAUUAAAAAAAAUGAUGUAAGUCUUCAUUUUUAUGCCAUCUAUUAAUUUACCAACUAGUUACCUUGUAAAUGAGAAGUCAUGAUAGCACUGAAUUUUAACUAGUUCUGACUUAUAGGUUUGGUACUGUGAGGCAACUACUUAAAAUUCUCAUUUUUGUUAUUUAAAAAGGCAUUUAGAGCUUCAAGAAUGAUUUUGUACGCAAUGUUGUUUUAAAUUUUGACUAAUCUUAUAGAAUCACAGUACUCUUCAUUAUAAGAAAACCUGAGAGUCCGUGAGAUGUUCUUCAAGACCACAAACAGGCUGGCUAUUUGGUCGUUUUUCACCUUGGCUAUUUUUAAUAGGAUCUAUUGUUUUAGAUUACUAUCUGAGAAUUUCAUGGAUUUACUCAUGGAUACAGGAGAUAAGAGAACAUUUAAUUCAUAACUUUUAUAUUAACCAAUGUAAUAAAAAACAAAGCUCACACACAAAAACUAAGUUGCCUUUCCUUGAAUGAAUCCUGCCUGAAUAAAACAAUGAAAGUAAAAUAAAAAUAAAAUUAACGGUAUGUAGUCUAAUUUGUAAAUGAAUGAAUAUUGAAAUAAUACACACUGUGGAUAUAUUUUAAGGCCUUAUGUAGUUUUAAUUGUUCUGCUUGUUCUGUGGUUAUGUCUAAGACUAUAGUAUAUGAUUAUCUUCAAAGUAUAUCAAGUAUUGUGAAUGCUUUGGUUCAGAUGUGUCAAAUUAACAGUAAAACAACAAAUAUACCACCC